UGGCUUCUGUCUCAGUUACAUUUGCAUGUACUUCUGCAUUCCUCACAGAAGCACAACAUGCAAAACAACAGUGGCAUGUACCAAAAUGGGACAGAAAUGGAGAACUCGGUAUACGCUCUGGUCUUUGGGUCUGUUAUAUCGCUGGGUCUGCCUCUCAAUGCCGUUUCACUGUGGAUUCUGCUUCGCAGACACAGCCUGAAAUCCCCGAGCGCCGUCUUCAUGGUCAACCUGGCAAUCUCAGACCUGCUGCUUGUCAUCUCGCUACCGACGAGAGUCUACUUUUACGCAACAAACAAGUGGCCUUUGGGCAAAAUGACGUGCAUCUGGAUCACAAUGCUCUUUCGCAACAACAUCCGCUCCAGCUCCAUCUUCAUCACCUUCAUCAGCUUGGACCGUCUGCUGGCUGUCGUUUACCCUCUGAGGUCACGCCAUCUUCGAAACUCGUCCAACGCCUGGAAAGCUGUUUCAGUCAUCUGGAUGAUGGUGGUGGUGCUGAAUAUCCCAGAGAGUGUGAUAUUUUCGAGACAAUUAGACAAGCACAAUGUGUCUUCUUGUUUUAGAUUUUCUCCGCCAAAUCUGGAUGACGAGCUGAGCGCUUCAGACAUGGCUUAUGUUCAGCUUGUGCUAGUGGUCACCAUGCUGGUAGUCAACAUCGUGACCACGGCUCUGGUGUCUUGGACGCUACACAGACACGUGAAUGACUCUGCGAAGAUCAACAACAAAGUGAACGUCAUGCUGAUUUUUGCCAUGAACUUGAUGAUGUUCACUGCGUUUUUCUUGCCCGUGUCCUUGGGUUUUAAAUUUUAUAAUCUGAGGCCAGCGCUGAACUGUCUCGCCAGUGUGAACUGCUGUCUGGAUCCACUGUUGUACUACUUUUCUUUUGAUGGUUUCUGGAAGAGAAAAGAGGAUAUUGUCACUUGCAGGAGAGCAGUUGCUGGACAGGACCUGAUGGCUUACGGACAGAUGGCUUUAAGUACUUCUUAAAUAAUAUUUCUUGUUGUCUGACUUUUUCGACGUGAAUGUUACAGAACUAAAUGCGAAGCUGAAGUCAAAUUGCUGACUGAAAUAGAAACAAGUAUUUUACGAACUGCCUCAAUUAAGUAAACUGCCCAUUACUUUUCAACAUAUUUAUAUUGGAAUACAGAGCAUCAUACACAAAAAAGGUGGUUCAGAAUAUAAAUGUAAGCUGUUAUUGUUUAAGUAUUUUCUAAGAACUUUUAUGCAUUAAUUUGAAAAUAAUAAAACCUGGAUAUUUACUAA